AUGCUUUUCUUUAGAUCCAUUCAGCAAAUAUGUCUUGUGGAAAGACCCAGUGCUACAGUAAAUGCCCUACCUCCACCGUCACCAUUCAGCCACCACCGUUCACUAUAUGCAUUCCGGGCCCAGCUCUCCACUGUUCUGACCAGCCUCUCUGCGUCGAUCAAUGCAACCCUUGUGCUCCCGCUCUGUGCUGCGAGGGAAUUGCCCCCAUCUCCGCUGGUGCAGCCAUCUGCCCCAGCCUUUGUCCUCCGCUGUCGCUACCCAGAAGUGACUGCGGCCCUUGCCGAAGAUUCUAAGGACCCACAACUCAGGCACAGAAUGAACAUUCGAAGACGACUAUGGAAAAAAAAUCAGAAAAUUGCAUUCAUAACUGGGAUGUUCAGAAUUUCUGAGUUUAUCGGCAUAAGUUCACAUGUAUCCAAUCCUACUCCUAUCCAGAACAGACCAGCUGAUAAUAUUUGCAGCUUCUGA